AUGAUGGGUGAUGCAGAUUCAAUCCCAAGUAUCCAAUUGGAGAAAGAACUUUUGCAAGGCAUCUCGGAUGCUGCUAUUGCAUCGGAUGCAUGGAUUAUCACAAGUGGUUACAAGGAAGAGAGCAUUUCAGAAUUAAUCGGUGAAGUAGUUUACAAGAGUCGAAUAAAAAAUCCUGAAAUAAAUUUUAGCGCUAUUGCUGUUGGUAAAUGGGGUAACAUUCAUGAUUGUCACAGACUAAAACAAAGGAGUUCAAAAAAGCAAUUUCCAACACGUAAAGGACAUGGACGAUACAAUCUAGAAUUGAACCAUACACAUUACAUUUUUUUCGAUGAUGGUACCUGUGAUUCAUUGGACAAUGGUGAAUUUACUUCAAAACUCGCUCGACAAAUAUCACGUGGCGCACGACGAAGACUUCCAAUGAUUACAGUUCUGGUCGGUGGUACUCUACAUGCAAUUGAGUCAAUAUGCACCGAUUUACAGAAACAAAUUCCGGUCGUUAUUGUUGAUGUAAGUCAUAUUUAA